UAUUCCAUUUCCAAGACGUUCAAAGAGUCACAGAGCUAAUACACCAACCUCCCGUCGGACAAUAAUCUGCACAGGCAACGGUGGAGUGAAGGCUAUGUUUGUUUUAGAGCCGAGGACUAUUCAAAAGCUGUGACCCGCGGCGAAGUUUGACAGUCCGAGGACGAAUUGCUUGUGUAAUUGUGUGACACACCAGUCAAAGACCUGCAUGUGUGAAGCUGAGGCCAGCAAUGGAACCCUGGCCUGCAGUGGCCUGGGUCCUACUGCUGACGGUCAUUGCUGAUUGGCUAAAAACCGCCCAAUCAAAGGACUUCACAGAACAGGACAUUAUCUACCUCCAUCCUUCAACCACUCCAUUUCCAGGUGGGUUUAAAUGCUUCACCUGUGAAGAGGCACCUGACAACUAUGAGUGUAAUCGCUGGGCGCCAGACCUGUACUGCCCACAAGAGUCCAGAUACUGUUACACGCGUCACAUGAUGAAUCUGGAGGGGGACAGUCUCUCUGUGACAAAGCGUUGUGUGGCUCUGGAUGACUGCCUCUCUACUGGAUGCUCUGAAGACCAUGAAGGAAACAAGGUCUGCACAGCGUGCUGUGAAGGGAAUAUCUGUAACCUUCCUCUACCCUGGAACGAGACCGAGGCAGUGUUCGCCACUACCUCACCCCUCAGUGGUACGGCAGGGCUCACAGGAAGCUACACGCUAACAUCGGUCUUCCUCACCCUCCUUAUCUCCAGCGGUGUCUGGGACACAGACGUAUAAUGUUCAAAAGCCUACUCUAAUAGUUGAUGGAUUCAACGAACAUCCAAUGGAAAUGGUAGGGAAUGAGUUUAUUACCUUUUAUUGUUAUGCAGGGCCUCAAUAAAACAAGCACUUAAACAGGACACUGAUUCUGCAUCUAUAACACAGCAAUGUAGCGGUCAAUCAUGAAGGGUGCAACAUCGAAGUCUCUCCCUGGUACUCUUCUGCAUAUAUGCAAGGACAAGAGUAAACAUAGAAAUGUGUUGUGACAUGUAUGGACUCGUCUGCAAACUAUACUAUAAGAGCUACAACAUUUCCAGAAGAAACAUGGAAAGACAGCAGUAUAUGAGGGUAAUUUUUUUUUUUUUUAAAUGUUCACAUUUGUGAGUCAGUACCCCAUGUUGUAUGUUUGACACAUGUACAUAUAAAUAGUAUUUAUUUUUUUAUCCAACAUUGUUGUUAGAAAGUGAAUGUGUGAAGUCGUACUUGUAGGUUUCUAUAAUAACGUAUGAGUAAAGUGCGUACUACAUACAGCUAAAGUUGGAAGUUACAUACACUUAGGUUGAAGUCAUUAAAACUCAUUUUUCUACUUUGAGUAAUUUUUCCGAAAAAAGUUUAGACAAACUUUAUAAUUCAUUAUAACAAUUCCAGUAGGUCAGAUGUUUAUAUACACUAAGUUGACUGUGCCGUUUUACAGCUUGGAAAAUUCCAGAAAAUGUCAUGGCUUUAGAAGCUUCUAAUGGGCUAAUUGACAUAAUUUGAGUCAAUUGGAUUUGUCAUUUGAGUCACCUGUGGGUGCAUUUCAAGGCCUAACUUCAAACUUAGUGCCUCUUUGCUUGACAUCAUGGGUAACUAAAAAUAAACCCGCUAAGAUCUCAGAAAAAAAUUGAAGACCUCCACCAGUCUAGUUCAUCCUUUGGAGCAAUUUCCAAACAAUAGUAUGAUAUAUAAACACCUUGGGACCAGGCAACUGUCAUACCACUCAGGAAGGAGACGUGUUCUGUCUCCUAGAGAUUAAGAUAUUUUGGUAAAUCAAUCCCAGAACAUUGGCAAAUGAUCUUGUGAAGAUGCUGGUGGAAACCGGUACAAAAUAAUCUAUAGCCACAGUAAAAUGAGUCUUAUAUCGACAUAGCCUGAUAAACCGCUCCGCAAGGAAUAAGCCACUUCUUCUACAAAACUGCAAUAAAAAAGACAGACUAUGGUUUGCAAGAUUGACAGAUUGUACUUUUUGGAGGAAACAAAAAUUUAACCCUUUGGCAAUGCAAUGCUACCAAAUACUAAUUGAGUGUAUGCAAAACUUCUGAUCCACUGGAUAUGUGAUGAAAGAAAAAGCUGAAAUAAAUCACUCUAUACUAUUGUUCUGACAUUUCACAUUCUUAAAAUAAAGUGAUCCUAACUGACCUAAGACAGGGAAUCUUUGCCUGGAUUAAAUGUCAGGAAUUGUGAACAACUGUUUCUAAAUAUAUUUGGUUCAGGUGUAUGUAAACUUCCAACUUCAACUGUAUUCCCUUUUUCCACCUGGAACAGAUGACUCAGACACUGCUCCUUCUUUUAUGUCUAGAUUGUGGAAAGUAUUUCUAACAUGGAAAAAGAGCCUGGCGCCUAUCAAACGAUUGAGAUGUUUUUGUUGUGGGAAAACAAUUUCCUCAAAUCUAAAAAAGGAUAAAAGUUAAUUAGAGGUCUAUUUUUGGUUCAAAAUUUUUCAAUUAUUAAAUGUAUAUCUACAUUUCUUGAUACAGUUUGAGGUAGAGUGAGCUACCACAGUAGCUAAGCACGGCUCAUUGUUUGGGCCAGACUUGGGAGCUGUGCUGUUAGCUUAGGACUUAACGCAUUGAUAUUUAAUCAUUGCAGCAUUGGUGAAAGGCAAGCAACAAUAAAUGUGUGCACAAGUUGUUACAUUCUCUUUAGGCAUUCUCCCUUUCCUCACCGCUGUGUGUUUUCUGUUUUCAUGAUACGUCCCUCUAAUGUUUGUACUGUGUUCAGUUCUGUGACUUUCUCAUCCAUCACCCUCUAAAGGCCGGACUUUAAAAAAUGCGGAGUUAGCAAAGUGUUAUUGUUCUCUAGGUUUUAUGAUUAGUUUAGGCUGACUGCCUGAGACACAAUGGAGACUGGUCACUUCCCUCUCCCGAGCUGGGUUCAAUUAAUAUUGGAAAUAUUUUCAAAUACAUUUUUUUUGUUGUUAGAUUAUUUUGCUUUAAGGGACCAUAACCAUAGUAUCACAAAUGACAAACCCCAUUUUCCUGGCACGUCUAAUAGACUAGAGCAAAUCCUAAAAGGAUUUGAAAGAUUUCCAAUAGAAUCUGAGCCCAGUUCUGCCCUCCUCUCUGUCACCCUGGCUGUUCAGUAGAACUAAUCCAACAGUAAGAAGAAAACUGUGAAGCGUGACUAAGAACAAAAUGUAUUUUUCUCUGGUAAUAUUCCUAAUUGUGUUUAUUUUGUUAUAGGGUAACAAGGGCUAGAACAUGUUAUGUCCCUUUAAACCAUUCUGGCAAUACUAGAUUUUCCUUUUAAAAUAUCUUACAGGGAUUUUUGUAUUGUGAGUUGAGAGCCAACAUAUCUUGCCAGAUGUUGCCUUAAGUCAUUCUAGAGAAACAGUGUAUCACUCGUGGAAGUGCUUGUGCAUGAUCUUAUCAAAUGUUGAUAAAAGAUGCUGCAUGUCAUGUUGUGCCAAUUGAUGUCAUGUAAAUAUCUUCUUUUUUUUAUAUGCAUCAUCUAUGUAAAUAAUUCUGUAUUUAGAUGUGAAUUACUUUGUAACUUCAUAUUAAAGAUGAAGACAUGACUGCUGA